AUCAGACACCUUCAACUGAACCAAAGACCAGGAACCAGACACCUUCAACUGAACCAAAGACCAGGAACCAGACACCUUCAACUGAACCAAAGACCAGGAACCAGACACCUUCAACUGACCCAAGGACAAAGAACCAGACACCUUCAACUGACCCGAGGACCAGGAACCAGACACCUUCAACUGAACCAAAGACCAAGAACCAGACAUCAUCAACUGAACCGAGGACAAAGAACCAAACACCUCAACACACAAAGCCUUUUAUGCACAAAGUGACUGUGCACCUGGAGGUGAACCCGAGAGAGAAGCAGCAGAAUAAGAAGUCAGGAACAAGUGAAAACAGUCAGUCAUUAAACAGAACACAGAAAUGUACAGGUAACCCUCCCAGGUGAGUGUGGGACAGCAGCUGGUGAUGAGUCCAUCAGAACACAACACUGGUUCUCCUGCUGAUGUUCCUUCUCGAGCACUGCAUUGGAGAACGCUAGAUAGCUUUGUUUGUGUUUGGGAGUGCGGUAUUUAGGGUGGACCAGGAUCUGCCUUAGCGUGUUCUUGGGUUUAAAACCACACGCAUGUGGUGUUUGUUGAAAGUCCCCCUGAUUUUCUCUGGUGCUCCAGACACAUAUGGAAUCACAAUCUUGUUGUUGCGUUUACUGGUCCACCCUUAAGACCACAAACCCAAACACAAGAAAAGCAAUCUAGUGUAUGCGGUCCAGGAUUCUGUCUCCAGAUUUCAUUUGCAGCCUGUAGACCAGUUUGUUCCAGGGUCCACCGGUCUAACUGACUCCACGUAGUGGCUCCAGAUACAGCAGGCUGCUCCCGAACGCAGCAGUUUCUGGAUCUUGUGCUUUGCACCUGAUGCAGAAGACAGUCUGGUCUGUCAUGAGACCUGCAGCUCUGUUGUUCUCUGCUGAUGUUUCUUUUGAUUCUCCUCCAGGUUCCACUCUGCUGGAUCUGCUGCUGGUUCUGCUGCUGGAUCUCUGGGUGAGUGGCCAUGCAGGGAAGAACAGGAACCUUCAGUGGACAUUGCAGGUUUAAGCUCCACCAAUGCCGUCGCUCCCUCUCCUCCCCUUCCCCUCCUCCCGAGCUCCCCAGACUCCAUUACCCAGCAGGCAGCGGGAGCAGGAAGUACAGGACAGGGCAGGAGGCGGGACAGAUGAGCUCGUUUCAGAUCAACCGCAUCUUAAAGGCCAACGAAUACAGCCACGCCCUCCCAAGUGGCCCCGCCUCCCAUGGUGUCCUGGAUUUCCAUAGCAACAUGUUGCCAUCCAACCGCCCCGGCGAGGACCGUAGGAGCAACGCCACCUGCCUUCAGGGCCGUGGCGGCGUGCUGUUUGGCGUGUUUGACGGCCACGCGGGGGCGGUGUGCGCGCACGCCGUCAGCCAGAGGCUCUUCUACUACGUCGCUGUGGCAACGCUGCCGCUGAAGACGCUGACGGAGCUCGAACAGGCGGUGGAGGAGGAACGGGCUGUACCGCCGCUGCUGGAGUGGCACAACCACCCCCAAGACCACAACUGCCCCGACGGAGGAGCGAUCUCCUUCCACAGCCUCCGGAACUACUGGCAGGAGAGGCUGGAGGACGAGGACGAGCACGAGGACGAGGAUGGCGGCAGGGUGACAUCAGCGAUGGUCAACGCUUUCCGCCGUCUUGACUACGACCUUUCUGUGGAGGCCCAGGUCCACCUGUUCAUGUCCUCACCCAGGCGGGUGUCUCUCCCCGGGGAGGCGUUGUCUCCGGCCUCCCCUCUCCGGGUGGCGAUGUCUGGCUGCACGGCCUGCGUCGCCCACGUCUCCAACGGGGUCCUGCACGUGGCCAACCUGGGCGACAGCCGGGCCGUCCUGGGCGUCCAGGAACCCAACGGCCGCUGGUCAGCGGUCAGCCUCACCAAUGACCACAACGCGCAGAACCCAGACGAGCUGCAAAGGGUUCUGGGAGAACACCCGUCGUCGGAGUGGAGGACGGUGGUCCGCCAUGACCGCCUGCUGGGUCUGCUGCUGCCCUUUAGGGCAUUUGGCAACGUCCGCUUCAAAUGGAGCCCAGAGAUGCUGAGCCGAAUCUACGAAACACGACCGGAUGUCCUGUCUGCGGUCAGCGAGGCUGUCCGGACACCGCCGCCACACUAUCUGACCCCACCGUACCUGACCGCCCAGCCGGAAGUCACACGACACCGGAUCAGACCCGCUGACAAGUUCCUGGUCCUGGCGACUGACGGACUGUGGGAGCUGAUGCACCGACAGGCGGUCGUCCAGCUGGUGGGGGAUCAACUGACAGGCCUUCAGCAGCAGAGACCCAUAAUUCCCGGCGUGGGCACGACGCUGGGUGGCCUGCAGCGCCUCCUGCUGGAGAGGAGGGGACGGGUCAUGUCGGUGCUGGAGGACCAGAACGCUGCCACCCACCUGCUCCGCCACGCCCUGGGGGAUGAUGGGUACGGAGCGGUGGCACCAAACCGUCUGGCCAAGAUGCUGAGCCUGCCGGCAGAGCUGGCCCGGAGGUACCGCGAUGACAUCACCAUCACCGUCAUCCACCUGAAUGAACCAGACCUUUAACCAGAACACCUGCUCAGCUACCUGCUGGUGACAGAACAGAAACCUUUCCUCUGAACUCUGCUGCCCAUCUCUGCUUCUCUGUGACUUUUAAUAAGAAUUAACUCUGGGUUCGGACGCUGAUGUUGUUUUUCCUCCAAAUGAAGACGUUUCUAUUAUUUUGUCCACCCCAUUUUUUAACUAAGGGUGAACUAAAUAACAGAAAGAGUGUGACACAGCAGCACCAACUCCCUCCUCCUCUACCUCGUGAUGCAGAGCUGCAGAGACAACGCAGAGCAGACAGACGCAUGCAGCGUUUAACUCUGACCAGAGAGGGGAGAGACGUCACUGUCAAGAGUGUCCCUGAGUGAAACCCUGUAGCUGUGUGUUCGGGGGCAUGGUCACUUGUCCCCCCCCACCACCUAUAUCUUAUCACAUGUGUAAUAUAAUAAAUCCAUAAAGACGCCUAAAGUUCAAUCGUGUUCCUUUAAUGCUGCAGUGUCAAUGUUUUUACAUGACGUUCAUCAAAAGCCUUAAAAGUAAUUCCCUCACCUCCAUGAUGAAGAGAACAUUAGAACAUCUGGCUGUAAACAUGAGAACUUUAUUAAUAUCAUCAGCUUCUGUCACUGCAGAGCAUUCCAGCAUUCUGAUUGGCUUAUCCUGGUUCUCUUACCCUGACCAUCCCAGCCAAUCAGAGGCAGAGUAGCGUCUGCAUAUCUAAAGCUGCUGUAGCUGUUCAGAGUGGGUGGUGUGAGGGUUAAAAAGCCUGCGCAGAGUUGCAUGCUGGGACGGGGCCGCCACCUGUGCCUAUGAGCCUCCCAGUUGCUAUGGGGAUACCUG